AUUCGAAUUUAGUCAUAUGUAUUUUAAUACGGAUACAUGAUACAUCGAAAAUCAUUUUUUUUAAUUUUUUUUUGGAAAACCCAACCCAAAACCCUUCGCCAGAACAAAACUCUGAUCAAUCGACUAUGGAGAGCGGAUCAUCUUUUGGACGUGUUUCAAACCACAGUCAUAGUUACUCCACCAUGAAACAACCCGAGAUUGAAAGCUCUGGAAUUACAGAAAUCGACAAUGGUGAAUACUGGCCACUUUCAGGGAAACCCUAUGUUGAUUUGAUUCUCACAAAGACCGGUGUCAAGCCCAGCUACAGUAUGUAUUUACCCAAGAAAAUGCGCAGUGAGCUUCCUUCUGCUGGAGCUCGUGCAGUCCCUGCAGUCCUUACUUGUGGUCAAAAGAAGUGGGAUAUGUCUUACGGUGGAGUCAAAUCUGGUCACAAAUUUUGCAUUGAGUGGAGAAAAUUUGUGGAUGAUAAUAAUCUGAAGGAGGGGGAUGGACUUGUGUUUGAACUGGUAGAGUGCAGCGCUAGCAAAAUCGAAUUCAGAGUUCAGAUUCUCAGUGGUGAUUUCCCAGCUGAAUUGAAACCUGAAGAUGAGGAGGGUGCAAACAGUGACAACCCAAUACUACUUGGUUAAAAGUACUCGAUCUUCUAACUGUUGGAACUUGUAGAUUAAUGACAAGUAUAUAGAACCGUAUUUGGUCAGUUUAAUUUUCUGCAAGAUAUAUCUGCAGUUCUAUUAACCCAUCUCAGGUGGAUGCAGUCUCAGUUUGCUUUAAAAGAGUCGACUUUCUAGUAUUUGUUUUGUGUAUGUAUUGUCUAAAUUGUGACUCUAUGGUUAUCUUCUGGUUGUAUCCUAAGUAUGGAAUUUAGCAAUUAUGUUGACAAUCACAUGCCUGUUAACAUGUCUUUGUCUUCUUGUUGUGUCCUACAUAUGGAACUUAGCAAUUAUGUUGACAAUCACAUGCCUGUUAACAUGUCGAUAUAAGAAAAUAAUCAUACUUUUUGUAUUUGAAA